UCAUCCCCGAAAUCAUCCAAAAAAAAAAAAAUCACUCCCCCAGGCUCUCUCUCUCUCUCUCUCUCUCUCUCUCUCUCUCUCUCUCUCUCUCUGUGAUCAAGUCUCGUCUUUGAAACCCCGAUGAAAUUUCCCUGAAUCUCUUCACUUUAGUUUUCUCUUGUACUCUAUCUCAAUCUUUACAUACAUAAGCUCUUGUCUUUCUACUCUUUUCGUCUUUUCUUUUUUGUCUAUUUUUACUUCAGCUGAUGGCAGUUUUAUCCUUGAGCUCUCUGCCGGUUGGAUACCGAUUCCGUCCGACGGACGAAGAACUCGUCAAUUACUAUCUUAAGAAUAAGAUCAACGGCAAGGAGGACAUAGUCAGUGGUAUUAGAGUGGUUGAUCUCUGUAAAAAGGAACCCUGGGAUUUGCCUGUUAUGUCCCUUAUAGAAACGAAUGACGAUGAGUGGUGCUUCUUUUGCCCCAUUGAUCGGAAGUAUAGAAUGGGACGUCGAUUGAACAGAGCGACUGCAGGUGGAUAUUGGAAGGCGACGGGUAAGGAUAGGUUCAUCAAGGCUGUGAGGGGAAGGACUGUGAUUGGCACCAAGAAGACUCUGGUCUUCUACACUGGGCGUGCUCCCAGCGGGCAGAAGACUGACUGGGUAAUACAUGAGUACCGUGCAACUAGUAAGGAGCUUGAUGGCACUAAACCGGGACAGGGUUCGUUUGUCCUCUGUAAACUAAUGAAGAAGUGUAAUAAGAACCGUGACGGGACACAAGAUGAGAACACUGAAGGUUCAAACGUUGAGGAAUUUGAACAAAAUGAUGCUUCUCCAGCCACAGUUCAAUCAUUUUCCGUGGAUAGAGAAUCAGAGCCAGCGGCUCCUAUAAUAAGUGGCCAUGAUGAAAAGUUACCUUCUAGCGGUGAGAGUACCAUUCUGCAAAGAUUUGACAGAACACCCCUGGUUGCUCCUUUACCUACUGAGUGGACCAACAAUGGCAGUAUUGCUGAUGAUGUAGCAGAUAAAUCAAUCGUUGAGCCGGAUUUUGAGUUGGAGGAUUUUGAGUUGGAAGACUGGUUACGCGGACUGAUUCCUGACACAACUAUGGAACCACCAGAUGCCAAUGGAAAAAUAUUCUCUCCUUUGCACUCACAAGUGCAGAUGGAGCUGGGAUAUUUGGAUGACUCGCAAUAUCCACUCGAUAUUGAGGUGGGCAAUGACCAGAGGGGAGCACAGCUGCUGCAUGGAACAAACGAAUACGAGAUUAAUCAGUUCUUGGAUUCAGUUAUUGUAAGCUCAGAUGAGUACUUCUGUGAUGUUCCUGAGAGCUAUGCUGUUGAAAGUGAGAUCCAUACUUAUAUUAAUCAUAGUGAGAGCACUUUCGUUACGAAUAAUGUAUCAUGUAUUGAGUUGGACGCAGAAGUGGCCAAGGCACAGAACAAUGAGAGCAAGGCUCCUGUACUAGUGGAAAUGUAUUCUAGAGGAAAUAAAACUACUGAUAUUAGCAAUGAAGAGAACUUGAGAAGUUUGGGUUUACUGGAAAAUGAGUCUCUUGGGCGGCAUUGUGUCACUGUUGCUUCUACCAGUGACCAGUCUGUUGAUUUGUUCAAUAGUCCCGAAGCUGAUAGAAAUAAUAGAAAUGCUGUUGGGGGUGGUGAAGAUUUUGGAACUGGAAUCAGAUUAAGAUCUCGACAAUCUUAUAAUCAACCAAAUGCCGAGUUUUUUGAGCUGCAGGGUAAUGCACGAAGAAGAAUCAGGCUGCAGCAGAAACUUCAAGUUGAACCAGUUCACAGCAGCAAGUGGGGACAUUUGGGCUACAAUGAAGGAAACCAUGAAGCAAAUUAUUUUUUGGCCAAGGUUGGAGAAGCUGAAGAAAAGCAUAGUGAUAUCAUAGAUGAGACCCUGGAGAUAUCCCAUUCCACGUCCAAUUAUGUCACCAAAGUUGCUCAAGAACAGGGUUUGAACACAAUAUCAGCUUCUGUUUUUCCAAUAAGCGGCGAAAAAAAGGUCUCCUCUGUGCCUUUGGAGGCUCCUCCUCCGAUGCACUUGAUUUCGUCAUCUAUGCAUAUGCUUAGGGUACUUGUGGUUGUAGGUUUGUCCGUUGUCUUUGUGGGCAUAUGGAGUUGCCUCAAGUUUUGAAGUUGGUUAGAAAAGAGACCUUUUUUUUUCCAUGUGUUCUAUUCUUGUGUAACUUUUUAUUUAUGAAGAAAUAAACACCUCUUCAUAGCAAGAUAUGCUGGAUGCGGUCUUUUAACUUCCUUCUAUGCAGCUGCACUUGGAUAUCUAUGUAAUCUUCUGAAAAAGGCGCUUUGUAUAUGAUGUAUCUGAAACAACUUCUGUAUUUUGAUUGUAAUCUAGUUUAACAGUGAUUUAUGUGAACUUUUUGUUGUA